AUGUUGCUUGUCACUUCAUUUGAUGAACACGCUGCAUCACCAUCAAGCAACUUGACAUCACCUUCUAGUCUGCAAGAUGUCGUCUCCACCACUGUUGUCCCUUUACCGCCGCCUGCCUCUCCAAUGGAUUCAGAUGUCCUGCCACACUACAGCUCGUGUGCUGUUCCAGCUGAUGUUGAUCAGGUUGUACAGCCACCUCUAGUGGCUGAUCCUGAGCCCCCGCCAUCACCGGUUGGACCUCAGCCGCCUUCACCUAUCAUUGCCCAGCCACAACUCUCAACUCACCCUAUGCUCACACGGUCUAAAUGUGGCAUUGUUAAACCAAAACAUAGGGCUGAUUUAGCUUCACUUCAAGACUCGCGACUCAUUCAAGCUCUUUUUUCUACCACCGUUCCUAAGGGCUUCAAAUCAUCCGCCAAACAUCCACAGUGGCUGAUGACAAUAGAAGACAAAAUGGCAGCACUUAGACUCAAUGACACAUAG